UCUUAAAGUCCAGCCGAAAAUCGACCGCGACAAAGCGCGCUCAUUUCGAGUGUUUGUUUUGCUUGCUUUGUAUAAACGUUUUCCAUUAAAUUUUGAAUUUACUAGGAUUUGUCGGUGAUAACAAACACUAAAAUUAUUAGACAAUGGCAGCUGUUUCCCCUAAGUUGAAACAAGAAAAAAAUCUGGAGGAAGAGGAACCGAAAUCCAAGCGGUGUAAAAUCGACAGCCUAGAAUCGCUCGGGCCGUACAUUAGCAGCAAGGAUAAUGCAAAAAACUUCACUUACAUCUCGGAAAUUCCUCAGAUCUGCCAGGACGAACCGUGCGUUCUUGGAGUAGAUGAGGCGGGUCGUGGACCGGUUCUGGGGCCCAUGGUGUACGGAAUCGCGUUCUGUCCCAUCACCAAAAAGGAAGUCCUCAAAAAGUUAGGAUUUGCCGAUUCUAAACAACUGACGGAGGAGAAAAGAGACGUAAUCUUUGACGAAAUGAAUCAGAAGGAUUAUGCCGUCGAAAGCAUCGGCUGGGCCGUAGAGGUUAUCGCUCCCAACGACAUUUGUAUGAGUAUGUUGCGCCGCACGAAACGGUCCCUGAAUGAGGUAUCGAUGGAUUCGGCCAUAGGUCUGAUACGCAAAGCCAUCGAGGCCGGUGUUAAUAUAGCGGAAGUUUAUGUAGAUACGGUUGGGCCUCCGGAGAAGUAUCAAGCCAAGUUGAAGCAAAUUUUUCCCAAGUUUAAGAUCACCGUUGCCAAAAAAGCCGAUAGUACCUAUCCGAUCGUUUCGGCGGCCAGUAUCUGUGCGAAGGUCAGCCGAGAUCAUGCUCUGAAGGUGUGGUCAUUCCGCGAAGGCUUGGAGCCGGGCAUCAACUUCGGAAGUGGCUACCCAGGCGAUCCGGUUACGAAAAAUUUCCUGGGAACGUAUGAUCUAGUAUUUGGUUUUCCGCGAUUGGUUCGCUUCAGCUGGUCGACUGCCGGGAAGGCUUUGGAAAAGAAGGCCUACGACAUGGAGUUCGACGACGAGGACGAAGAACAGGAGAAGCAGAAAGCUACCUACGGGAGCGAAAAACUGUCCAAAUAUUUUGCUGCCGAUCGGAACGAACAACGGAAGCGACAUGAAUACUUCCGGGAGCGAUGCUUGGAACAUGUGGCUGAUAUUUAGAGAAAAAUAAGAAUGGUAAUUAAAUAAUGGUUAUUCAAUUUGAUCAUAA